AUGCAAUCUUCUGAUCAGAAUGAGGCAACUGUCAAGAUCAAUGUUUAUCAUAUAUCGAAAAAAGUAUUUUGGAUAAUUCUAUCCUUGACUUUAAUUUGUCUUAUAGUUUUACUUACGCUGACUAUUUAUUUUGGUGUUCGCUCCCAAAAAACAACUACUGUAUAUGUUGAAACUACAUCAUCAUCGUCAGCAAGCACUUAUAGUUGGAAUGAAACAAUAACAUCGGUUACAAUGUCAACUACAAUGACGCCGGCUCGACCUGUAGAGCAAAUAUCAAUGAAUUUAAAACCAGAAUUGUAUCAUUGGACUAUUACUCCUGAUUUGAUCCAAGAAACAUUUAAAGGUGAUCUUUUCUACAGAUUUACAUGUCUUGAAUCAACAAAAGAAUUAAUUUUACAUAUGAUAGACUUGAAUAUAGACAAUUCAACAAUAGCUAUUGUUAAUUCAUUAUCUGGUUCAAUACCUGUUUUUGAUACAUGGAUCUAUGAUGAUUAUAAUCAAUUUAUGAUUAUGAAGUUUUUAUCCGAUUUUCAACCGACCAUAAUCUACACACUUCAUACUACCUAUUCGGCUAGUAUUGAUCGUGAUUUUCAAGGUAUCUAUUUAAGUGACUAUGUUGAUGUCAAUGGUGUUAGUCGAACAUUUAUAACCUCUCAAAUGGAACCAAUGUAUGCCCGAAGUGCACUUCCAUGUGUUGAUGAACCUGCUCGUAAAGCUAUAUUUCGUAUUAUUAUUAACCAUGAUUCUUCACUUGUUCUAUGGGCGAACUCAGAAUUAGAACAUGAAGAUACAUUAGAUGAUGGUCGCAUGAAUUCUUAUUUUGCUCCUACAUUAAAUAUGUCAACAUAUCUACUGGCAUUGAUUGUAGCACCUAAAUCAGAUUUUGGAUGUUUAUCUGGUCAUGUUAUUAGCAGUUCAAAAAAUAUUACGUCACAAGUAUGUGGACGUAAACAGAUUUUACCACAAAUGUCCUAUGCUCAUGAAGUAGCAUUGAAAGUAUUGGACUUUUUCAAUCAAUAUUUCGAUAUAGAAUAUGCAUUUCCAAAAAUUGAUCAUUUUGCUGUACCUGAUUUCAAAACUGGUGCGAUGGAAAAUUAUGGUAAGUAG